CACACACACACACACACACACACACACAUCGAUAUGUGUCUCAUACCACCGGUGUUGGCUCCAGCCGCGGCUUCCCCACACAGAGCAGCAGAGGAUCGUCCACAAGAGGAGCCAAGUUCCCUCCAGGCUUUUAGGAUUCAUGAGGGGUCGUGUGUCCGAGGAGAGCGUCUGGAUCUGAGGGACGACUGAACACGAUGGACCUGAAGGUUGUUGUUUCUGCUUCAUAUUUUCGCAUUAAAAACAAUAAAAGAGAGCUGAUUCAUUUUGCCAAACAAGCUUAUACAACCUGGGCACUGAAAUACGUAUACCUAACAUGUGUGCACCAAGCGAGACGGUAACAUGAGAUCCCAUCCCGAGGGGGAAACCAGGAUGCACACCGUUGCGCCACGGCUUUUUGGCAAACCCAUUGUUGGUGGCAGCUGUUGCAACCCCCCUGCUGCAGCCAUGGUGCUCCUGCUUUGUCUUGGCUUCCUGCCCACUGUGGCCACUUGCCCUCCCUACUGCCUUUGUGCAAGUGAUAUCAUUUCCUGCAGCGGGCGCAAUCUGUCCACGCUGCACUUUGAUCUCCCAAGCUAUGCCACAAGGUUGGACCUGAGCCACAACGCCAUCAGUGUCCUGCGUGCUGAUUGGGUUUCGCAGCCAUUCCACCGGCUAACAACACUGGUUCUGAGCAGGAACUCGAUAAGCCAAAUCGAGGUGGCUUCCUUCACUGCGAUGCCACAUCUCCUACAUCUGGACCUCUCGUCCAACCAGCUGACAGUGCUGAACUCAUCCUUCUUUAGUGGACUGAAGGAGCUGAAGGAGCUGCUGCUAAUUGGAAACCAGAUUGUGGACAUAAAGCCGGGAGCCUUUAGUGGUCUCAGCAACCUGCAGAGGCUCUACCUGUCUGCAAACAGACUGACUGCCUUCCCCUUGGGGCUUUACGAGGAACCCAGAGGGCCUCGUAACCUGACUUUCCUAGACCUGACGUACAAUAGGCUCACCAAGGUGCCUGUCCAGAGUCUGCUGCCUCUCACCCAUUGUGCAAGAGUUUAUUUGCAGGGAAAUCCUCUGCUCUGUGACUGCACACUGCUGGCCUUGCUGGAGUAUUGGAUGUGGAAACAGUAUCGCCCUCUAGUGGACUUCAGAGCUGAAUACCAAUGUAGAGGCAAUGCAGAGGUUAAUUGUACACAUCAGGGAGUAACAAACUUUGAGACACAGAACUUUCAAGUAGACCCUGGAGAAUUGCUGAGACUACCUUGUCCCGGUUUGACUUUGCCUGUCCAGGAGGGGUUGGUGGUAUUCUGGGUUACCCCCAAAAAAGCUGUAAAUUCAUCAAUAAGUGAUUCAAGUGCCCAUGUGUCAGUUCUUCCCAAUGGUACCCUUGAGAUCCAAGAGGCAGUUAUGGAAGAUUCUGGUACAUAUGGGUGUGUGGUGUSUCGAGGGCGCUACUACAAACCCAGUGAAUCUCCAGAAGUCACAGUAGUGGUUGGAAACGUGAGUGCUUCCUCCACCACCGACUUGGCACGCCGAAGCAGCGGGGAACAUUUCAACACGGCGUUUACCACCCUCGCUUCCUGUGUGGUCAGCAUCGUGCUGGUCCUGCUCUACCUCUACCUCACCCCCUGUCGGUGUCGGGAAAGCAGAGGGGGCUCCAGAGGGUGUGGUGGACGAGCCAUCAUCCUCUGUUCGGACCCCGAAGAGGUGGAGUCGGGACAGAGGCGGUCCAUUGGAAAAAGGGUGGCUUUCUUAGAGCCUCAGGCCGGACACUCUGACAUGGCCAUCCCAAAAAUCCCUGCAAUGAACUUGGAUUUUAUUUCCAAAGAGGGAAUUCUAAAGAAUGGGAUUAGGACAGUGGGACACUCCAUCACAGAACCUGUUCACAUGGCGUAAAGGAGAAAAGUCACUUUCAUCUCCAUCCUGUAUUGUUAGUCUUAAUAAAUGUUUUUUUCUUGUCUUGUUAUGAAAAACAGUCUAUUUGAUGUGGGGUAGUAAUUCACUGGUUUUCAUACAUUUGGGUGUUUGCACUGAAAUGCAUAUCCUUUUUGUGGGCAGAAUUUAAAUUAUGUCUAGUCUCUAAGUGGUGUCUGUUUUUUAUAUUCAGAGGUUCAUAUGGAAAUUUCACUGUUAUCUCAGAGAAUUGGAUCACAGAGGUCAUUCAAACGUGGGUGGGCUUUUUAAAUUGGCCCGAGAGGGAUAUUCACACCUGAUUUGACAAGCUGUUAGAGGCACUGGUGUUUUUUUCCUACUAUAUCCAGCAUGUAUUGUGGAUAAUAUGACGGCGACCCUUGUUUUUGUUAGCCUUUUAUGUCACUAAGUACGUUGUGUUUUAUUUACAGGAUAAAAUGUUACACACAUUCUCUACAUUAUUGUUUAUUCCCUUAUAAAAUGAUGUAUUUUCUCA